CACUUCACUUUCUCCACAAACACACCAUCCAUCUCACUCCACACAAACAUGGCAUUCUCCAAACCUCUUGCUCUCAUUCUCCUCACAUUCCUCUCCCUCUUCGCUUCUAAAAUCCAAGCCCAAGCCCCGGCACCGGCUCCCUCCGGCCCGGUGAACUUAACCGCAAUCCUCGAAAAAGCCGGGCAAUACACCACCCUCAUCCGCCUCCUCAAGGAAUCCCAACAACUCACCCAAAUUGAGAGCCAACUCAACUCCACCACCCAAGGCUUCACCCUCUUCGCCCCGACCGACAACGCCUUCCAAAACCUCAAGUCUGGCGCCAUCAAUGACCUCACCGAUGACCAGAAAGUGAAGCUCAUUCUCUACCAUGUCACGCCAAAGUACUACUCCCUCUCCGAUCUCCAAACAGUGAGCAACCCCGUGAGGACACAGGCUUCUGAGAAAGAAGGCUCUUGGGGGCUUAACUUCAAGGGUCAAGGGAACCAAGUGAAUGUGACCACCGGGGUGGUCACUACUUCUAUCAACAACGAUUUGAGGCAACAGUUCCCUCUGGCGAUUUACCAAGUGGACAAGGUGUUGUUGCCAUUGGAGCUUUUUGGAGCCAAGUCUCCAUCUUCAGCUCCAUCUCCUAAGUCAUCUGAAACAACUCCCUCUGAUGAGACACCGAGCUCCGGAAAGAAGGGUGGAGCUCCGUCGCCGGCGGCUAGCCAGAAGGAUAAUGGUGUGGCUGGGAGGAAUGUGGGUUUGGGAUUGGUUCUUGGGCUUGGAUUCAUUUGCAUGGGAGCUCUCUCUUGAUCUCAUCAUGAGAAUUAUAAAUUUCUGUUUCAUGUUGGUUGUUUCUCUUACACUUUUGUUCUUGUCUCAUUUUUCCCGUACAGUCAAAGGGAAUUUGGGUUGUGUUUCAUACGAGCUUAUUCUUUGUGUUUCAUUACAUUAUGAAAUCUCGUGUUAUAAGGAGUUUCAAUUACCUCACA